CGUUACAGCGUUGGCUCCUGAGCCUAACCGUGGUCCUGUUGUCACACCUGUGCCGUGGUGUCAGUUGUAGGGUUUAUUGUUGCUUCCUAAGAGGCCUUGGGUAGUGCCUUCAUCCACCUGGGAAGGAAAGCAUUUAAGCCACUGUGGGGAUGAGGAAGGGAGGAGCCUGCUGGGAAGGAGGAGCCAGCAGGAAGGGAGGAGCCUGUCUCCACAGUCCUCUGCUGUACAAGGUUGCACUUUGCUUCCACACUCUAGUCAGGGAACUCUCUGGCUUCCCUCCUCCCCCCAGCUGCUGUGAUCUGCAUACUCAAGAGGUAGCUCCUAGGUCAGGUAUUGUGGCACAGGCCUGUAAGUGCAGGAGGAUUGCCAUGAGUUCAGGCCAACCUAGACUACAUAGUGACUCCCUGGCCAGUCCUAGAUACAUUGUGAAACCCUGCCUCAACUCCACUCCUCACCAAAAAAAUGGUUGUUCCAUGUCUUGGCUGUAGGGGUUCGUGUCCACUGAAAUUUUCUUCUACUCCUUAGGCUCAGCAUGUCCACUGUCAAGGAGCAGCUCAUUCAGAACCUAACUGAAGAAGAUAAAACCUCCCGGUGUAAGAUCACUGUGGUCGGAGUUGGAAAUGUCGGCAUGGCCUGUGCUAUUAGUAUCUUACUGAAGGAUUUGGCUGAUGAACUUGCCCUUAUUGAUGCUGAUGCAGACAAACUGAAGGGAGAGACAAUGGAUCUUCUGCAUGGCAGCCUUUUCUUCAACACUUCAAAAAUCGUCUCUGGAAAAGAUUACAGUGUAACUGCCAACUCCAAAUUAGUUAUCGUCACAGCUGGUGCAAGGCAGAAGGUGGGAGAAUCGCGCCUUGACUUGGUCCAGCGCAAUGUUACUAUCAUGAAAUCCAUCAUUCCUGGCAUAGUCCAAAACAGUCCUGACUGUAAACUACUGAUUGUCUCAAACCCAGUGGAUAUUUUGACUUAUGUGGUAUGGAAAAUAAGUGGCCUCCCUCCAACUCGUGUGAUUGGAAGUGGCUGUAACCUAGACUCUGCCCGUUUCCGUUACCUGAUUGGAGAGAAGUUGGGUGUCCACCCUGCAAGUUGCCAUGGCUGGGUUCUCGGAGAACACGGUGACUCUAGUGUGCCCUUAUGGAGUGGUGUGAAUGUUGCUGGCAUACCUCUGAAGUCACUGAACCCAGCAUUAGGAACGGACUCAGACAAGGAAGGGUGGAAACAGAUCCACAAACAAGUGGUGGAAAGUGCCUAUGAGAUUGUUCGGCUGAAGGGCUACACCUCUUGGGCUAUUGGGCUCUCUGUGAUGGAUCUGGCGGGAUCAAUGAUAAAGAAUCUUAGGAGGGUGCAUCCCGUUUCCACACUGGUUAAGGGCUUAUAUGGGAUAAAGGAAGAAAUCUUUCUCAGUGUUCCUUGUAUCUUGGGACGAAAUGGCGUCACGGACAUUGUGAAAGUGAACCUGAACCCUGAUGAGGAGGAACUUAUCAGGAAGAGUGCAGAAACACUCUGGAACGUCCAGAAGAACCUGGAAAUAUGAAGUCUCAACAUUCUACACUUUUACAGAUGUGUGGUUGCAUAUUUCACCUUUCAAGUGUUUCCGUAUAAUAAAAAGUUAAACAAAAUAUUGGAGACCUAUGACAUAACAGCAGUCUCUUGAGGUCAGAAAGAUAAGUGCUGAAGACAUUUCUUCCUCCCCUUUCUUUUGAGACAGGGUCUCACUAUAGAGCCUGGCUGGCCUGGAACUCUAGACCUGGCUGGCCUCAGAGAUCUUGUAAGCCUUGAAGUGCUGGGAUUAAAGGCAUGUACCACCAUGCCCAGCUGAAAUGUCUGCCUUUUAUGAAUCCUGUGUCUGUUCUAGCAAUGAGGUCCGUACAGGUUGGAAUUAUGAUUCCGAGACACCAAUGAGUGAAUAGCUCUCAACUUCCACAGCGCACAUGUGACACAGGAAAUCCUCCUUCUAGCCUGAAGUUUCACAGUGUGUCUCUUUCAUUGCAUCACAUUGCUUAAUUAGUUCCCAUGUCUGUGUAUACUCUUUACUAAAUAUAAGAUCAUACAUAUCAAGGGCCUGGAGAUAUGGCUCAGUGGUUAAGGCACUUGUUGCCUUUCCAGAGG